CAGGGGGCAGUGUGUCAGUUCCUCUGGUUUCUCUUCCUCGUGUGGUCGUGUAUUGUGCGCAUGCGCAAGGAAUACAUUAGCCCUCAAAUCCGGAUGUAACCAACGCCUAACCUGUCGGAAGAAAAAGGAUGCAGACUAUAAAAUGCGUAGUGGUAGGAGACGGUGCAGUAGGAAAGACCUGCUUACUGAUCUCCUACACAACCAACAAGUUCCCCUCAGAAUAUGUGCCAACAGUUUUUGACAAUUAUGCAGUGACAGUGAUGAUUGGGGGAGAGCCAUACACCCUUGGCCUUUUUGACACAGCAGGUCAGGAGGAUUAUGACAGGCUGCGUCCUCUCAGUUACCCACAAACAGACGUCUUCCUUGUAUGUUUCUCUGUCGUCUCCCCAUCAUCGUUUGAAAAUGUCAAAGAGAAGUGGGUCCCUGAGAUUUCACAUCACUGCCCAAGCACACCUUUCCUUUUGGUGGGGACCCAAGUAGACCUGCGGGAAGACAGCAACACUAUUGAGAAGCUGGCGAAAAACAAACAGCGGCCCCUCCACCCAGAGAGCGGUGAUAAGUUGGCACGUGAGCUCAGGGCUGUCAAAUAUGUGGAAUGCUCCGCUCUCACACAGCGAGGACUUAAGAAUGUCUUUGAUGAGGCCAUACUGGCAGCUCUGGAACCUCCUGAAACCAAAACGAAGAAGAAAUGUCUUCUUCUAUAGAGAAAAGCCAACACUGGAAGAUAUUAUAACGGGUGGGGAAAUUGGUCUCAAAGAUAAACGUCUGUUUUAAUGGGGAAGCAAGAAAGGACAAAACCAAACUAGGCUGGAGAUGCCAAUGAUUUUAUUUUAAAUUGUGCCUUCAAAAAAAAAAAUGAAAAAAAAAAAUCCAAAGGUGCAAAUAUUCCACCAUGCAGUAAGUGCCACAAAUCUCCUUUUGUGAAAGCUUUUAGAAACAUAUUUUAAGUGGUACUCUAUUUGCUUUCUAUUUUUAGCCCUUUGUUUAAAUAAUGAUUUAAUAUCACUCCAAACAAAUAUAACUGUUUGUCAUGGCUACUAUCCACCAACUCCCUUUGACUUUUUCGAAGGCUUGGUGUGUUUUAUCAGCUUUACUUCCAUCAGGUGAUUUAUACAUUUUUAGUUUUAUUUUUUUAUAUGUAUUAUAUGAAUUAAGUAAUGUGUUUUUUUGGGAAAUUUUAGCAUUUAAAAAUUUGUUUUAUUUUGAAACUUGAAUUUUUGCCUAAUCGAGAUGAUGUUUUAUUUUAUUGUUUAGAAAAAAAACAAUGAAUUUAAUAUCAAUUUCUGGUAUAUUUGAUUUAUUUUUAAUCAGGAUAAAGAUUUUUACCUUUUUCUAGUGAAAUUCUGGGUGUUUGUAAUCGCAGGAAUUUUUAAUAAAUUGGUUUUCCAAAAA